AUGCGCAAAGUUCGACCCAUACCAGUCACUCAGAAAUACAAGCCCCGUGCGUUUUUCUUUAAAGACUUGCACACCUGUACGCACGUAUUUGUGGAGACCAAGUCAGUCAAAAAACCCCUCGAACGUCCCUUCACCGGGCCUUACAAACGUCCUGCAACGAGCCGAGCAGACCCACCUCGAAGCGAAAAACCACCGCAGAACUUCGCUACCGAACCCGCCGCCUCGAGCAGCCAACCCGUGCGAACCCCUGCGCCACCGCUACGACCUGCGUUGAGAACCUAUCUCUCGAAGAAAACUGCGCGCAAGGCUGUCACGUUGAAUCUUGUAGCGAACGAAAUCUAUGCGCCAAAGAAUCUUUCACACUUCCUCAUCGAACCCGCAAAUCAACCGAUACCUGCAUUUCUGCAGCGACCGGCUACCACUGCCGCACAGUUGCCCGCCAAUGAUUCUCAUGUCACCAGGUCCCUGUUAGUCCACUCGCUUCCGGGCGCUACAAACUCGCAUCCCCCGCAGCGUCCUGCAACGAGCCGAGCAGACCCACCUCGAAGCGAAAAACCACCGCAGAACUUCGCUACCGAACCCGCCGCCUCGAGCAGCCAACCCGAUAAAGUUCCGACAAAGUUAGGAUAUUCAAUAGGAAACCCUCCUGGCGAAAUACCUUCUCCUGACAGCACAUCCUCUCCAGGAAUAAUACCUUCUCCUGGCAGGAUAACUUCUCCCGGCAGCACAUCUUCUAAUGACAGAAUACCAUCUCCUCACAGAAUACCUUCUCCUGAAAUAACUGCAGCUCCUGUUAUUCCCGCAUCUCCACGCCGGAGUAAUUUUGAUUUCCACGUUCGUGCAAUAUAUAAUUUAGAACGAAACCGAGUUAAAAUACACAAAACUAACAUGACUGAUGUUCGAGUAAUGGACAACAACGAAAUUCGGCGUUAUCCUGUAGAUUAUAAGUACAGAAGUUCUUAA